AAAUUUAUAUAGAACUAGAAUUGUGUCAACGACUCCGAAGAUCGAGCGUGAUCGAUUCACAUAUAUAUAUUAUAUAAUAUAUUUAUAAAUAUUGAUACAGUUUAAACUGCUUCAAAUUCAUGUCUUAAUUGAGCAGAUGCUAGUGCUGAUAGCACUGCACGUCGAGAAUUAUUAAUAUCGACCCUAGCAUCACGUAACAAUAAAAGCAUUAAUUUACUGUGCCAAUGAUAAAUUAUGGGCGAUUUUGUCACUACAAUCCUUUUGAAGGACCGGCUCAUACGUCUGGACUCUGGACGCCAUGGAAAAAUAAUAUUGAUUAAUGGAUAUUCUUCAAACUCCAAAAGCCAAUUCACCCAGCUAGUAGAAGACUUUCAAAUCACCUUAUGCGCAGGCUGUAGCUGAGCGACUCUAGGGUCCCAAAUCAAUCAGCCCAUAUAGUACAAAUCAUCUAGAUGAUUCGUGAUGUCUAGUGAUGAUACGCAAUCUAAUUGAUAAGGAAUAUUAUCCCACAGUCCAAAUGUAAUCAAAUCAAACAAAUUGAUCUCAAAGGUUCUUCUCGAUAGAACAAUAGCUUGAGGAAUCCUAUAGUGAGAAAACAAAAAUACAAA